CGGGGUUUUUGCGUGUUCACCGCGCGCCCUCCAGCCCCUUAGGUGGCCAAGCUCCGCGCGGGAGCAUCUCUUCAGCCCCACAGCAGGAGCCGCCGCGUUCCCUGUCGCCUUUCCCUCCCGUCAUGUUCCCGGCGGUGUCCUCCCCGCGGACCCCAGGGCCCGGCGGCCGAAGGGGCCCGCUGGGCGGUGUCGGAGCGGGUUCCACGCCCCGGGCCGCAAGCAGGACGGGCCUGUCCCUGGGGUCCGCGGUCAGCUCCCCGGGGAUCUUCUCGCCGGUCGGCUGGCGUAGUUCGCUGAGCUCGCGAGGAACACCUACACGAACAUUCCCACACCACUCUGUAACUGAGUCCGUGAACUAUGAUGUGAAAACCUUUGGAUCUUCUCUUCCUGUUAAAAUCAUGGAAGCCCUAACAUUGGCUGAAGUUGAUGAUCAGCUGACUGUUCACAUAGAUGAAGGUGGAUGGGCUUGUUUGGUCUGCAAAGAGAAACUCAUUAUUUGGAAGAUUGCUCUGUCACCUAUUACUAAGUUAUCAGUGUGCAAAGAACUUCAGCUGCCACCUAGUGAUUCCCCCUGGAGUGCUGACUUGGUGGCCCUCUCUUAUUCUGCUGUCUCAGGUGAAGCACAUUCUACUCAGGCUGUCACUGUCAUGGUCGCCACCAGAGGGGGAUCUGUCCGCUACUGGCCAAGCCUUGCUGCCGAAGACACCUACACAGAGACUUCAGUAGAUUUGGGAGGUGAUAAGACUUACAAUUUCCUAACAGCAGUGCAGGGAGGAAGUUUUAUUUUGUCCUCAUCGGGAAGCCCGCUGGUUCGGCUGAUACCUGAAGGUUCAGGGAAGAUUCAUCAGCACGUCCUGCCGCAGGGGCAGGGCAUGCUUUCAGGAAUCAGUCGCAAGGUGUCUUCUCUUCUGGGAAUUUUGUCUCCUAGCACUGAUCUCAUACUUUCCAGUGUCCUUUGGGAUGGAGAGAGAUCAAGCUUUUAUAGUCUGACAAGUUCAAGCAUCAGUAAGUGGGAAUUAGAUGACUGUUCAGAAAAACAAGCACAUAGCUGGGAUAUAAACAGAGUCCUGAAGGAAAACAUUGCUGAUGCCAUUUGGGGAUCUGAGAGUGACUAUGAAGCUAUUAAAGAAGGGGUCAACAUUCGGUACUUGGAUCUGAAGCAGAACUGCGAUGGACUCCUGAUUCUGGCAGCGGCGUGGCACCUGGCAGAUAGUCCGUGUCUCGUCUAUUACUCUCUGAUAACAUUAGAAGAUAAUGGCUAUCAAAUGUCAGAUGCAGUAACUGUAGAAGUCACUCAGUAUAAUCCACCUUUUCAGUCUGAAGACUUGAUUAUGUGUCGGUUGAUGGUCCCAAACUUUUCAAACCAGACUGCGUAUCUGUAUACUGAGAGUGCUGUCUGUGUGUGCUCCACAGGGACUGGGAAGUUUUCUCUUCCUCAGGAGAAAAUCGUCUUUAAUGCACAAGGAGAUAGUAUUUUAGGAGCUGGUUCCUGUGGUGGCAUUCCUAUCCUUUUUUCUAGAAACAGUGGAUUGGUGUCCAUUACUUCAAGGGAAAAUGUGUCCAUGUUAGCGGAAGAUCUUGAAGAUUCCCUAGCAUCUUCAGUUGCUGGACCAAGCAAUGAGAAUAUGGUUCUUGAGACCUCUACAAAGAAUGAAACCAUAGCCCAGGAAGAUAAAACCAAAUUGCUAAAAGCUGCUUUUCUGCAAUACUGCAGAAAAGAUUUAGGUCAUGCUCAAAUGAUGGUGGAUGAAAUGUUUUCCUCUUGCUCUGGCUUGGAUUCCGAUUGUGAACUAGACAGAGCAGUUACCCAAAUCAGCGUGGACCUGAUAGAUGACUACCCAGCUUCUGAUCCACGAUGGGCCGAGUCUGUCCCUGAGGCAGAAGCUCCUGGGUUUAGCAACACAUCACUGAUCAUUCUUCACCAGCUAGAAGACAAGAUGAAAGCCCACUCUUUCCUCAUGGACUUCAUUCACCAAGUCGGUGUGUUUGAACGUCUGGGCACGUCCCCCGUGAGGGGGCUGCCGAUGGCGACCCGACUGCUGCUCUGUGAGCACGCGGAAAAGGUGUCGGCUGCUGUUGUUCUCAAGAGCCACCACUCAAGGCUUCCUGGCCUUGUGAACACAGCAAUACUGAUGGCUCUGAACAAGAGGGACUGUGACAUCCCAUCCAGCCUGACCCCUGCAGAUGUCUUUUUUAGAGAGGUAUCCCAGGUAGAUACCAUAUGUGAGUGUUUGCUGGAGCACGAGGAGCAAGUCUUGAAGGACAUGUCAUUGGAGUCAGUUGAAUGGGCUGAAGUGGUGAUUAAUGUGAACAGUAUUCUCAAGGACAUGCUGCAAGCUGCUAGUCAUUAUCGACAAAAUAGAAACUCCUUGUAUAGAAGAGAAGGACCACUAGGAAAAGAACCUGAGUAUGUUCCAUGGACAGCAACGGGUGGUCCUGCUGGCCUCCGAACAGUCGUGCUGCAUCAGCAUGGAAUUGUUCUGAGAGUGGUCUAUCCUCAGGCGGACAGCAGCCUCCGGAACACUCUGACAGAGCAGCUGGUGGCGCUGAUUGAUUGCUUCCUGGACGGUUAUGUUUCGCAGCUUAAGUCUCUGGACAAGUCUUGUGAUAAAGAAAGAUACAACAAUCUGGAAAUGGAAUACCUACAGAAAAGAUCAGAUAUCUUAUCUCCGCUUCUCACACUAGGCCAGUACUCAUGGGCUGCUUCAUUAGCAGAAAAAUACUGUGACUUUGAUAUCUUGGUACAAAUAUGUGAGCAGACUGACAACCAGACCAGACUCCAGCGCUACAUGACCCAGUUCCAGGACCAUAAUUUUUCAGACUUUCUCUUCCGUUGGUAUAUGGAGAAAGGAAAGCGAGGUAAAUUAUUAUCUCAGCCCGUUUCUCAGCAUGGACAGUUGGCAGAUUUUUUGCAAGCGCAUGAACAUCUCAGUUGGUUACAUGAAAUUAACAGCCAAGAAUUAGAAAAGGCGCAUGCGACACUUUUGGGUUUGGCAAAUACGGAAACUCGUUACUUUGCAAAGAAAAAAACCCUUCUUGGCUUGAGUAAAUUGGCUGCAUUAGCUUCAGACUUUUCAGAAGAUGUACUGCAAGAAAAAAUUGAAGACAUGGCUGAGCAGGAGCGCUUUCUGCUGCACCAGGAGACCCUCCCUGAACAGCUGCUCGCCGAGAAACAGCUGAGUCUCAGCGCGAUGCCAGUACUGACUGCACCGCAACUCAUUGGUCUGUAUAUCUGUGAAGAAAACAGAAGAGCCAGUGAGUAUGACUUCAAGAAAGCACUGGACUUGUUGGAGUAUAUUGAUGAGGAGGAAGAUGUAAAUAUAAAUGAUCUGAAAUUGGAAAUCCUUUGCAAAGCUCUUCAGAGAGACAACUGGUCCAGUUCAGAUGGUAAAGAUGAUCCAAUUGAAGUAUCUAAAGACAGUAUAUUUGUGAAAAUCUUACAGAAACUUUUAAAAGAUGGCAUUCAGCUCAACGAAUACCUACCAGAGGUGAAAGACCUACUACAAGCAGAUCAGCUUGGAAGUUUGAAGUCCAAUCCUUACUUUGAGUUUGUCUUGAAAGCAAAUUACGAAUAUUAUGUCCAAGGACAAAUGUAACUUUUUCUAAAAAUGGUCAUUGUUCCUGAAAAUGUGUGUUAAGUGUGUCCUUAUAAAAACUAUAGGCCUUGAACAUCUAGAAGUUUGUACAGUUUUAUUCUAUGCAUUGCUGAGUUUUUUAUACUUUAUUUGGAAGCUACUAUAAAGCAACUAUGACUUGAGUUUUGGUUUUUAAUUAAAUAUUUUCUCUUCUCCUUU